GUAUGGACCUCCGAUGUGGUUGUUGUAGCGGCGCCAUCUUGCCUGCAGUAGGGUACUCUUGGAAGUCUGUCGCUGCUAAAUCAAUGAGCAGAAAGAUGCAUCCGUCGAUUAUUGAAGGAGACCAGGGGUUGGAGUACAUUAGGGUGUCUCCAUCCCAAUUUGGCUGUCCCCUCUGCCCCAGCUUCACCACAUGGAGUGCAGGAGUCAUCAAGAGGCACCUGGAAGUUCAUGUGACAAAUGCAGUGCAUUUCAUGGAAAUGAUGAUCUGCAGAUGCAAUCUCCACUGCAGAGAUGGAAGCCAUUUUCACUGCCCAUUUUGUUUAACCACAAUCAUCCGCAAAGACUCCAUAACAACACACCUCAAGGAGUGCCAAAAUAAGUCUGAAGUAUCGGUUCCACCCUCUCAACCGCCCUCACCAGAGGCCCACCCUCCUGCGGAUUUUACAACAUCUAUUGUGGCAGCUGUGAAAAAGGACCACUCCUACAUUGAAACGUCCCCGAAGACCCCUGCACCUGCUCCAGAUGAGCCAGAUGUGGGUCAGUCACCGCCGGCUACUGCUUCAGAGGAGCCCAUUGCUUCAGAGCCCAUUGCUUCAGAGGAGCCCAUUGCCCCAACCCACAUUAAGUGCCCGUACUGCCCAGUUGUCCUCUUUAAGAGGAAUUUGGUUAUACAUGUUAAACGAAAACAUGAUAAAGAAAAAGACAUCACGGGACAGUCACACUUGCAAAGCACAUUGGUUGACCAUCAUAAUGAACCUGUGGGGAACAGCUGUGCAGGAAGGAAGAGGAGUCACUGGGGGAAUCAGUCAAAGGGAAGCAGGUGUGCAGGGGCAGGACACACACCACAGGGAACUGGUGGGCAGGGGAGUAAACUCUGGGGAGGUCGUUUUGUGGGGGACACUGAUCCCAUCAUGGAGAAGUUCAAUGCAUCCAUCACAUAUGACCAGAGGAUGUGGAUUGCUGACAUCAGAGGGAGCAAGGCGUACGUGAAAGCUCUGGAAAAGGCCAAGCUGGUCACCACGGUGGAGAUGGACCUGAUUGCACAAGGGCUGGAUGAGAUUGCUGCAGAAUGGUUAAAAGGUGUUUUCGUGAUCAAACCUGGAGAUGAAGACAUUCAUACAGCCAACGAGCGCAGGCUUACGGAGCUGAUCGGUGCUCCUGCAGGGAAGCUGCACACGGGCAGGAGCAGAAAUGACCAGGUUGUCACGGACAUGAGGUUGUGGCUGCGAGACUCCAUCUCCACCCUGACAGGCAAUGCUCUGCAGCUCAUAUCGACCAUGGUGGAGCGAGCGGCAGCGGAGAUUGGAGUGCUGUUUCCUGGUUACACACACAUGCAGAGAGCUCAGCCAAUCAGAUGGAGCCACUGGAUCCUCAGUCACGCCGUCGCUUUGAGCCGAGAUGUCGAUCGUCUUCAGGAGUUGAAGAGGAGGGUCAAUGUUUUGCCUCUUGGCAGCGGUGCCAUCGCUGGGACGCCGUUCGACAUCGACAGGGAGCUGCUGAGGAAAGAGUUGGACUUUGAAGGCAUCAGCCUAAACAGCAUGGACGCUACAGCUCAGAGGGACUUUGUUGUGGAGUUCCUGUUCUGGGCUUCGUUGUGUUUGACUCAUCUCAGUAAGAUGGCAGAGGACCUGAUGCUGUACAGCACCAAAGAGUUCUCCUUCAUCUCUCUCUCUGAUGCGUACAGCACAGGCAGCAGUCUGAUGCCCCAGAAGAAGAAUGCGGACAGUCUGGAGCUGAUCAGGAGUAAAGCCGGUCGUGUCUUUGGCAGCUGUGCAGGGUUCAUGAUGACGCUGAAGGGCCUGCCCAGCACCUACAACAAAGACCUACAGGAGGAUAAGGAGGCAAUGUUUGACUGCUAUGAUACUGUUCAUGCUGUGCUGCAGGUGACCACCGGGGUCAUGUCGACUCUAAAGAUCAACCAGAGCGUGAUGGAAGCAGCCCUCAGUCCGGACAUGUUGGCGACUGACCUCGCCUACUACCUUGUGAGGAAGGGGAUGCCGUUCAGAGAAGCUCAUGGUGUUUCUGGUAAAGCAGUUUUCACUGCUGAAUCCAAAAAUAUCCCCCUGAACCAACUCACUGUGGAGGACCUGAGUGCUCUUAGCCCUCUGUUUGGGAGUGACGUCUCCUCAGUGUGGGACUACAGGAGCAGUGUGGAGCAGUACAGCGCCCCCGGUGGCACAGCCGAGAGUAGCGUUACUGCACAGGUUGAACACCUGAGGAAAUGGAGACAGACCCAUUGAUCUAAACCUGAAUCCACCUUACAUUUCAGAACCUGGUUUACUACCUCCAGAUAAAUCUCAAAUGUGAGGUCAGCCUUUUUAUGAGCACCUUGUGCCUUCUUCUUUUUAAGGAUAUGAUGCGACCUGAGGUUUGUGUGUGAUAAAGGGAUAAACAAAGGGAGUGUUCAAAUGAUCGCUCAACCAUCAUAAUUGUUGUAAACGUCCUGAUCAAUGCAGAAUAAUAAAUUUAACUUAACAGUGUGUGACA